CCAAGCGCGAUACGUUCACUGCCGGACUGUUUGCUUCCGGCGGCUGCAAGACCAUUGACUCUAUUGUCUCCACGGCUGUGGUCGCGUUAGCGCACGACGAACUUUAACUCUUUUUAGAUUUUUUUUCGUAGUUUUAAGGUCAAGAUGAGGCGUGCUAAAAGGGAGGAUAAGUUUCCAGAGAACGGAUUCGAACAAUGGGGUGGCUACAUGAACGCCAAGAAGGCCAAACUGGAGGAGCAGUUCAAAGCAGGUGCUUCAAAGGAGUCGCAUUUGCAAACCACGUCAAAAAUCUUCAGCGGGAUCUCCGUCUAUGUGAACGGCUACACAAUUCCAACUGCGGAUGAAAUUAAAAUGGCGAUGAUGUUGCACGGCGGACAGUUCCACCAGUACUACAGCGCCAGCAAGACCCGUUUCAUCAUCGCCAGCAACCUGGCCGACGCAAAGCUGAAGAAGAUCAAGGGCCAGCCCAAGGUAGUCAAGCCGCAGUGGAUCGCGGACUGCGUGGCCGCUGAGAAAUUGCUUGACUUCCGACCUUACUUGCUCUACUCGAACCAGAGCAAGACGCAGCCUAAAAUUCAGUUUCCACAGGUCUCUGAGUUUGAGUCGCCUGUCAACUCUCACAGGUACAAAAAAUUGGAAAUCAGCAUUGGUCAGACAUUGACAUCAACGCCAAAAGUCGGACGUAAAAGAGCUGCCUUGGAUACAACCGAUAAAAGCCCAUUUAAUGAUUCAACAGCCUCUGCGAUUUCUGCUGAAGAGGAAAAAGUUAUGCUCGAGUCUGAUGACUCUAAGAGCUCUUCAUCGUCUGAUUUCAACCUUUUCAGCGAAUUAAAAUUAAAUAAAAAGAAAACUUCUCCGUUUGAAGUGGUGACUAACUUCCCAGACGACGAGGAGAAAGAUCCAAGCGUUUCAAAUGAGGAGUCUGACUUUGAAGACCUGCUUGAUUGCACCUUAGUAGCAGAAGAGCUGCGAGCCGCGGAACAGGCUGCUUUGAAAAAAACUGAGCUGCCUCUUAAAGAGACUGUAACGUUACCAAAAAAAGAGACUCCAACACCAAAAGAAGAUAAUAUUUUCAUUUCAACACCCAAAGUUGAGGUGAAAAUACCUCAAUCAACAGCGGCAAAACCAAAAGAAACAGCCCCGCCGCCGAAAGAGCCAGAGCCGCAGUCAAAAAAGGCGCCGAUGAAGCGGGCCGGCGAAGAAAAUUUCCUCUCCGAGUUCUACAGCAACUCGCGCCUGCACCACAUCUCCACCAUGGGUACCGCGUUCAAAGCGUACGUCAACGACCUGCGGAGGAAUCACUCAGGGGACUUUCCUGGACGGCAAAAGCUUCUGCAGUGGAAGCGAGAGGCUGGGAUCGAUGGACACGGCUGGAGCGGUGGCGUCGUCGUCAUGCACAUUGACAUGGACUGCUUCUUCGUCUCUGUCGGCCUGCGUGCCCACCCUGAGCUCAGGGGUCAACCUGUGGCCGUCACCCACGCCAAGGGCAAUCCGCCGCCGACUGCUAACUCUUCCAGCAGGGAAGCCGAAUUCCAGAUGUACCGAAAAAGGAUGCAGAACAAAGCAGGCACAAGCAAAUCGACAGAACACUUUGCAGAGGCGCUGGAGAAGCGGCUGAGCUGGCGUGGCGACGGUGGCGAGGCCAGUUCCAUGUCCGAAAUCGCGUCGUGCAACUACGAAGCUCGAGCCGCCGGCCUGCGCAAUGGGAUGUUCCUUGGCGAGGCGCUCAGGUUGUGUCCUAACCUGAAGACGAUCGCCUACGACUUUGAUGCUUACAAGGAAGUUUCCACUGCUCUCUAUGAUACUCUUGCUUCUCUCACGCUGGACAUCGAGGCCGUCAGCUGCGAUGAAAUGUUUGUUGACUGCACCCGACUGCUCGCUGAAACCGACACCAGACCCCUUGAUUUUGCCACUUUUGUUCGAGCUGAAAUCAAGAAAAUCACCGGAUGCCCAGCGUCUACCGGGUUUGGAGCAAACAUGCUGCAAGCGAGGAUGGCAACAAAAAAAGCCAAACCCGAUGGACAGUUCCACCUUCUGCCGGAGGAUGUUGUGGAAUUCGUGAAAAACAUCAAAGUUUCGGAUUUACCUGGUGUGGGUAGAAAUGUGGCCUACCGCCUGCAGGCCAUUGGCGUGCAAACGUGCAACGACCUGCAGAAAACAAGUCUGGCGCUGCUGCAGGAGCAUUUCGGUGCCAAAGUGGGCCUUUCGCUGCACAAGCACAGCCGUGGCGAAGACGACCGCAAGCUGGAGUUAGAGCACGUGCGGAAAUCGGUGUCGGCCGAAGUCAACUACGGCGUGCGCUUCUCCAACUUGGCCGAGUGUCGGCGGUUUGUCGAGGAGCUGUCCGCCGAGGUACAGCGGCGUCUGGAGGCUGCGGAGAAGCAGGGCCGCUGUGUUACUCUCAAGUUGAUGGUUAAAGCCAAGGAUGCACCUGAGCGCACGGCUAAAUUCAUGGGGCAUGGCGUCUGUGACAGCUUCUCCAGAUCGGUCACACUGCCUGCUGAAACAUCUGAUGCCAAAAUAAUCGCCAGGGAAGCCAUGAAGCUGGUAGACCUGCUCGGAAUCAACUUUUCCCUCUUUCGUGGGAUGGGAGUGCAGAUGAGCAAACUAUCUGACAAAAAGAAGGCAGACACCGGCAUGAGUCGCUUUCUGCAAAAAGGCAAGCCCCCCUCAUCAGUCGCGUCCACUUCAAGGGCCGAGCCAAAGGCCUCCACCUCAAGAGCUGAGCCAGUCGCGUCCACCUCAAGGGCUGAGCCAGAGGUUUUGGACGAGGCGGUGCUUGCUGAGCUGCCCGAAGACAUCCGGCAAGAGGUCCUGCGAGAGUACAAAUUAGCCAGGCCGCCGAGCGCUUCCAGCAGCAAGAGUUUCGCGGCCGAGUUGACCAUGUCACAGGUCGACCCGUCCUUCCUGGAGGCGCUGCCCGACGAUUUAAAACGAGAGGUUGUUGCGGAACUCCAGGCCAGCAAGACCAGACGAGGCGACUCUAAACUCCUUUUUCCAGCUUUGACAAGUCCUCGUAAGUCAAAAGUGUCGCCAAAGAAGAAGAAAAGGGGUCGACCAAUUGGUGGAGCCAAGCGGAAGCCAAUAAUCAAAGUGCCUCGUCGUGAAAAUUCACCUCCUGCAAAGCCUGAGGUACAGACGAAAUUCACGCAUCAAAAAUAUUUUACAAUUUCCUGGUCACAGGUCGUUCCUGAAGUCAAAGUAGAAGAGGAAAAGGACGAGGGUCCUUUGCAAGUCAGCAUGAAAGUGGAGGAUUUGCUCCCGCUGAUCAAAGAGUGGGUCAAAAGCUCUGCUGAGCCUGUCGAGCAGGAUACCGAGCUGAUGAUCCAGUUUUUGGAGAAGCUCCUCUUGUCAGGCAAAGUGGACAAAAUAGCGGCUGUGCUUAGAACACUUAAAUUGAAUGUGACGAGAAAAGGAAGUGCUGCUUGGAGAGGUAUUUUUGAAGGACUCAUCGAAAAAACUCAGCACCUAGUUUUCAAUCGUUAUGGAAGCAAACUGAUGUUUUGAAUGUCACAAUUUUGUAUUUUAUAUAUAUGUUUACCAGCAGAAUAAAUAUUGCUUACGAAUUUCUUA